AUGCGUUCUUGGUUCUUUUCGCGCGUUCUACGCCAGCAAUGGCGCGUCGUCAGAGGCCUUGCUCGGCGGGCCGCUGCGCCAACAUCAACAACACCGUUGUCUGUCCUCUCACCGCUCUCUGCCCAAGCAUUCCAUGCGUCAAGAACGUUGCAAGUCGUGAAGCCGGUAUUGCUUGCAGAUAUUGGAGAGGGCAUCGUGGAAUGUGAGAUCAUCCAGUGGUUCGUCGAGCCCGGGGCUCGUGUCGAAGAGUUCCAGCCGUUAUGCGAGGUGCAAAGUGAUAAAGCAUCCGUCGAAAUCACAAGCAGAUUUGCCGGUGUGGUCAAGAAGCUAUACUACGAGGCCGGGGAGAUGGCCAAGGUUGGGAAGCCAUUCGUUGAUAUUGACAUCGUCGACGGAGUCGUCAAAGAAGACUCAUCAGCCACGGUACCGAUAGACUCAACACCAGCACUGGACAAAACCCUAGAGGCACCUGUACGUCCUCCUGCUGAAGGGACAGCAGAGGCGCAAGUAGCUACAGCUACCAAUGAGCCCACCAGCCCAUCAAAGUCCAAAGGGAAGUGUGCCACACUCGCGACCCCUGCGGUGAGACACCUGUCAAAGCAGUUGGGUGUGGACAUCGCAGAAGUAGAUGGCACAGGGAAAGAUGGGCGAGUGCUCAAGGAAGACAUCUAUCGGUUCGUUGAGAGGAGAGAGGCCGCAGCCAAGCAAGCGCCGGCCACCCAGCCAACAGCAAGCAGCCCAACCCCGUCCAGCAUAACAUCGCCGGUAGAAGGGUCCACUGCUGGGUCACAGCAGGAGACGCCAGUUCCCUUAACCAGGACACAGGAGAUGAUGUUCAAGACCAUGACCCGCUCCCUCAGCAUACCGCACUUCCUCUAUGCCGACGAAGUCGACUUUACUAAGCUCGUCGAUCUUCGCUCACGGCUAAAUAAUGUCCUCUCCAAGCAUGGCAUCAACGACGGCCAGUCCGUCAAGCUGACUUAUCUCCCUUUCAUCAUCAAAGCCGUAUCCAUGGCGCUCUACCAAUACCCAAUUCUUAAUGCCCGCGUCGAGAUACCGGAGAACGGCAAUGGCAAGCCAAUGCUGAUCCACCGCAGCCAACACAACAUUGGUGUGGCUAUGGACACGCCUUCAGGCUUGCUUGUCCCUGUCAUCAAGAACGUAGGCAACCUCAAUAUCUUGGGCAUCGCGUCUGAGUUAGCGCGGCUGCAGAGCCUGGCUAUGGCCGGAAAGCUCACGCCGCAAGACAUGUCUGGAGGCACAAUCACUGUCAGCAACAUUGGCAACAUUGGCGGCACCUAUCUGUCCCCCGUCAUUGUCGAGCGCGAGGUGGCCAUCCUCGGCAUCGGACGCAUGCGCACCGUCCCGGCCUUCUCGACGGUCCCUGGAGAGGAGGACAAGGUCGUCAAGAAGCAGAUCUGCAACUUCAGUUGGAGUGCAGACCAUAGGGUCAUUGACGGUGCGACAAUGGCCCGCGCGGCGGAGGUCGUGAGGUCGAUUGUCGAGGAACCGGAUGUUAUGGUGAUGCACCUUCGAUGA